AUGCUAAAAAUCGAAAAAUUCGAAGAGAAGACGAUACCAAGCGUGCCUUCAAAACUCUUGCUAACAGGCUCGCACAAUCUAACACCACCACCUCACGAAGAAUAUCAAUAUUUAAAUCUUAUCCGUCGCAUAAUAGAAUUCGGUGAACGUCGUGAGGAUCGUACGGGCACCGGAACACUCUCGAUCUUUGCACCACCUCAACUGCGUUUUUCGUUGCGUGAUAACAUCCUCCCGUUUUUAACUACUAAACGCGUUUUCUCGCGCGCCGUCAUAGAAGAGUUACUCUGGUUCGUCAAAGGAAACACCAACAGUAACCUCCUGGCUGAAAAAAACAUUCACAUUUGGGAUGGUAAUGGUUCACGCGAGUUUUUGGACAAGAAUGGCCUGUCCCAUAGAAAACAAGGAGAUCUAGGUCCGGUCUACGGUUUUCAAUGGCGUCACUUUGGCGCGGAGUACGUCGACUGUGAUACAGACUACACCGAUCAAGGUGUUGAUCAACUUCAGGAGGUUAUUAAUAAGAUUAGAUCUAAUCCUCAGGACAGGCGUAUCAUUUUAAGUGCUUGGAAUCCUUCUGAUUUAAAGAAAAUGGCAUUGCCUCCGUGUCACAUGUUUUGUCAAUUUUAUGUGUCAAACCCAAAUCCCGAAACCCAUAAAAGAAGUCUAUCGUGUCUUUUAUAUCAACGUUCAUGUGAUAUGGGCCUCGGGGUUCCCUUUAACAUAGCAAGUUACGCUCUCCUGACAAGAAUGAUUGCUCAUGUGACCGGGACUCUACCGGGAGAAUUGAUCCACACUAUGGGAGAUGCACACGUCUACAUUGAUCAUAUUGAGGCACUCAAGAUCCAAAUCGAACGAACACCCCGAGAAUUUCCCCAUUUGGAAUUUAAACGCGAAAUAACAAACAUCGAUAACUUUGAAUAUGAAGAUUUCAACAUAAUCGGUUAUAAGCCUCAUGGUCAAAUUAAGAUGAAAAUGUCAGUUUAA